GAUAGGGAUUAAAGUAAUAAGAUUCUAUAGAAAUUCAAGAGUUCUCUAUACAGUCUCUACUAUUGAUCACUUUUCUGAAGCAUUUUUAAACCAACCUGAGACUUUAUUAGAGAAUUACAUCUGUUCUAUAGACUUUUUUUAGAUUGGUUUAAAAAUUCUGUAGAACUAUGGUCAUUGUCUAUUAAAUUCUAUAGGAUGGAAAAGUCACUUUUUUUCACUAAAGUAAGCAGAGGUUCCAAAAAGUAAGUGUGAGAAGCUGUAAAGGUGGCUAUGGAAGUUGGCUAUCGCUAUAUAGAUGGAGCCUAUUUCUAUGAGAAGGAGGUUGGGCGAGCCAUUCGAGAGAAGAUUACAGAUGGAAUGGUCAAAAGACAGGAAAUAUUUUACCCAGGAAAGCCUUGGAGCACAUUUAACACUCCUGAGAUGGUCCUCUCAGCCCUGGAAAAGUCACUGAAGCACCUGCAGUUUGACCACAUUGCCCUUUGUAUUAUUCAUACACCCCUAUCUUUAAAGACUAUGGAGGCAUGUAAAGACACAGAGUUGGUGAAGUCCAUUGGUGUGUCCAACUUCAACAUCAGACAGCUGGAGAUGAUCCUGAACAAACCAGGGCUCAAGUCUUUGACUUCCAGCUCUCUGAGGAGGACAUGAAAACCAUUGGUGGGAUGAACAAAAACCGUCCCUAUGUGCAUUUAAAACAGUAAGUAGGAUGACCAGAUGAGAGGAAGAAAAU